AUGUCGGACCUAUACCCGUCGCUCACGCAAUGUGCAGUAGUCGCUACAGCUUUUAAAAUUCUGCUGUGGCCAGCAUACAAAUCAACGGACUUUGAGGUACAUCGCAAUUGGCUGGCUAUCACCAAUUCUCUUCCAGUCAAGGAUUGGUAUUACGAGAAAACGUCAGAAUGGACACUCGACUAUCCCCCUUUCUUUGCAGCAUUCGAAUGGUGUAUGUCUCAAGCUGCCCGAUUUUUCGAUACCGACAUGCUUCAGGUCAAAAACCUUGGACACUCCAGCUGGCAAACGAUUUAUUUCCAGAGAGCUACCGUAAUUCUGACUGAACUGGUUCUCCUUUAUGCCCUUCAGCUAUAUGUUCGUGGUGCGCCAAUCACCGCUAAGAAGACAUCGCACGCUGCUGCGCUCUCAAUUCUCCUAUCUCCUGGCCUGCUCAUCAUCGAUCAUAUCCACUUCCAGUACAAUGGCUUCAUGUACGGUAUCCUUGUCCUCUCUAUCGUGUUGGGCCGCAGGCAGUCGGGACUCCUGACCAGUGGCAUCACGUUUGCGGUCUUGCUUUGUUUCAAGCACAUCUACCUCUACUUGGCACCAGCAUACUUUGUCUUUCUGCUACGAGUGUAUUGCCUUGACCCUCGAUCAUGGUUCAGAAUCCGCUUCGGCAAGUGUGUCAAGCUUGGACUUGGGAUCGGACUGGUCUUUGGUCUUGCAUUUGGACCAUUCGUUUACUGGAACCAGAUGGACCAACUCUUGAGUCGUCUGUUUCCUUUCUCCCGCGGAUUGUGUCAUGCAUACUGGGCUCCUAACGUCUGGGCAUUGUACUCUUUUGCUGACAGAAUCUUAAUAUACUUGGCCCCUUAUCUCAACCUCUCAGUCAACCGAGAAGCCAUCAACAGUGUUACCCGUGGACUGGUUGGAGAUACUUCCUUUGCUGUGCUUUCUGACAUCUCUCCGAGAAUGACUUUUGUUCUCACUUUGGCAGCACAAAUACCGGCACUUGUCAAACUCUUCUUCAGACCAACCUGGGACACCUUUGUAGGCGCCCUGACACUCUGCGGAUAUGCAUCCUUCUUGUUCGGCUGGCAUGUUCACGAGAAAGCAGUUCUGCUGGUAAUUAUCCCUUUCAGCUUGAUCGCACUCAAAGAUCGUAGACAUCUCGGAGCUUUCAGACCUCUUGCAGUGUCUGGACAUGUCUCGCUCUUCCCGCUUUUGUUCACGGCUCAAGAAUUUCCUAUCAAGACUAUCUACACCAUCUUCUGGUUGGUAGCCCUGCUCAUGGCGUUUGACCAGCUCGCUCCAGCCUCUUCAAGGCCAAGAGUGUUCUUGCUUGACCGCUUCUCUUUCGUAUACAUUGUUGUGGCAAUUCCACUCAUCGCAUAUUGCUCGCUGGUCCAUCAGCUAGUAUUUGGCGCAAAGUACGAGUUCUUGCCACUCAUGUUCACUAGCUCCUACUGUGCGAUGGGAGUGGUGUCAAGUUGGAUCAGUUUUUCGAUUGUGUACUUUACUUCCUAG